CCGACUACAUAGCCCCUUCCGCCUACACACCUUGGGCUAACUUACGUAUCUCGUCUCUUGGAGCGGUGUUUAACAACGGUUGGGUAAUAUGUACAUUUAACGACCCCAGGGACCCGCUGAUUGGUCCGCGACAUCAUUGGUUUAGGAUGCUACAUCCUCACCUGUCAUCCACACGUGAAAUACGUUUGCAUGGUCCUGACUGUUGUAUUUACAGCCAGCUCGAUAUAGCUGGAUUAGAGCCGACUGCGGCGUUAAACAACACGCAUGCGCCGUGAAAGUCGUUCUGAAGAGGACGAUGACUCUCCUUCCCCCCUGUAUGCUGAUUAUCAUUGUGACGAUCCAUGGCAUGUCGAUACGAGCUGAAAGCGACUGUUUUGGCCAAAGGAUAUAUGGCUUCGAAAGGGAUAGCACUGACUGUCAUAAAUUCUACAGGACCAUCACGUGUCCUGGAUAUCCAUGGCUGGGGCAGUCCGAGAAAUACCUGCGACUUCCCUACAGAUGCAACCAGAACUUCGUCUUCAACGUGGUCAGUGGUCGUUGGGGGCAUUGUGUGCCCCCAGGCGAAGAAUCGGACCCGUGCUGAGAUGAUCAUUUACAGGCCUGCUCAGAAGAACACCCCAGGCGGCACGGCUGACGAAUGUUCAGAUGUGACUUGACAUCACGAGAAUGUGGAUGUGUUUUACUGAUAUAAAUAAAACACCUGCGAAAAUGGAUUUCAUUUCAGAUUUAA